UGGCCUGGCUCAUUAUUUCUUUCUUUUCCACUUCCGCUGUGUGGCACGUUGCACGGGUGACUAGAAGCCGGCCUAAAGAACAGACUCAAAAUGGGUUUUGGAGAUUUAAAAUCGCAAGCUGGGCUUCAAGCAUUGAACGACUUUUUAGCGGAUCGUAGUUACAUUGAAGGGUAUGUACCAUCACAGGCAGAUAUUGUUGUGUAUGGAGCUGUUGGGAAAGCUCCUGCAGCAAACCUUGCCCAUGCUCUGAGAUGGUAUAACCAAAUAACAUCUUACCAAAGUACAAAAGACAGUUUGCCAGGAGUUAAGAAACCUGUUGAUUCCUAUGGACCUGCCGGCAAAGCCCCAGCUGCUGCUGCCCCAGCUGAUGAUGAUGAUGACGAUGACGACGAUUGUGAUCUUUUUGGUUCUGAUGAUGAAGACACAAAAGUUUUGAAGGCCAAGCGUGUCGAAGAGUACGCUGCCAGAAAAGCAAAAAAACCUGUUUUGAUUGCCAAGAGUAAUAUCAUUUUGGAUGUGAAACCUUGGGAAGACACCACUGACAUGGCUGAAAUUGAGAAAAACGUAAGGAGUGUUGCAGCUGAUGGCCUUCUUUGGGGAGCCUCAAAAUUGGUGCCUGUGGGCUAUGGUAUCAGGAAACUCCAAAUCUCCUGUGUUGUUGAAGAUGACAAGAUCAGCACAGACUUUUUGGAGGAAGAAAUUACCGCUUUUGAGGAUCUUGUCCAGUCUGUUGAUAUCGUCGCAUUUAACAAAGUUUAAAAAGUUAAUAAAUGGAUUGAAAAUGCUCUUUCAUUUUCCCUAAAAUU